AUGGAAGAUAGGAGAUCAAAUUGCGAUCAUGUUGUGGGUUACAGUAACCACGAUAUUUCAAGUAAUGACCGAUGGUUCUUGAGAUUAAACUUGACUGGAUCCAACAAGAGCUGGUAUGUUAUCUGGUUUCUUCUCUCCUCAUUUUCCUGUUCUUUAGUCCACAGCAGCUCUGAUAACAAUGGUGGUGAAUACUUAGAUGCUCUUUUCCAAGACCAUGCCUACAAAACUUUAGUUCAACGGCGACCUCACACUGGUUCACUAUAUAAUGCUACGCUCCCUUCUAGUCUUGCAGGCAUGGAGGUUUCCCUUGUUCGUCUCAGAAGCAGGACCUUAUGGAGAAGAGGUGCCAAUUUCGGCAAUUUUCAUAUCCCAUCAAAGACGUUGCCAACGCCCUAUGUUAGGAGGCUUCUUGUAGUCUAUCAGGAUCUGGGGAACUGGUCUUCUUACUAUUACAAUGUGUCUGGUUACUCAUUAGUGUCUUCUGUGGUUGGAUUCAUGGUUUAUGAUGCAUCAAAUUUGAGCAGCAAAAACAUGAUGAAGCUCGAUCUCAACACGAGAGGCAAGCCUAUAUCAAUCCGAUUCCUCAAUACAGCAUUGUCUAGAGGCACUACCUCAAGGACAAAAUGUGCAACAUUUCAAGCCAAUCGGGAAGUUUCUCUUCGCGACACACGCUUGCCCGGUGUAUGUUACAGUACAAGUCAGGGCCAUUUCUCAAUAGUUGCUCCGAUCAGGAGGAAACAGAGGAUAUGGGAUAUGUGGGUGAUGGGGUUUGUUCUUGGAUUUUUUGCGCUGAUCGUAGUGGGUGCUGUGGGAAUGGUUUUCGUUAGAAUUUUGACAGCAAAGAGAGUUCACGAAAUGGAAAGACAAGCUGAUGAAGGCGUGGUUCUUGAGACAAUAUGGAUUGGUUACAGUAAAAUGCCUUCUGCAACAUCAACAAGAACUCAUCCAAUCCUUGAGCAUCCAGACCUUCCAUAGUUGUUUUGGCUUCUCUUUUCUCGUGUUGCAUCUUCUUGAGGUAUCUCUACAGGUUUUUGUAUAAUUGUAUGGUAGUUUCUUGUGAUAAAAAGUGAAGGAAAGCUAACUGAGAGUAUCCUAAUGGGAAGUAUGUGCAUACAGAUAAACAUUCAGAGAAUGCAUUAAACUUGGAAUGUUGGUACUCUGUAGAGCACAAUUUACAAGUUCAAGAUUUUUAGAGAAGAUGGACCCUAUUGCACAGGUGAGAUCCUUUGUUGUUAGAAAAU